CGUACGGUAGAGCCCAGCGUUGCCCCUGGAAACCACUCGACGCUGUCGCGACCAGAAAGGGGGGAACGACGUAACGAUUCAAGAUGGCGAAGGACCUGGACGAGCUCUUGGAUGAGGUCGAGUCCAAGUUUUGCAGACCAGACCCACUCAGACUGGGCAUGGUCGAGCGGCCCAGAGGCUGCGGCGGCGGCGGCGGCGGCAUCCUCAGCAACGACCGGAACCGAGCCGAAGCGAAAGAGAAUCUCAGAUCAACAGAAACAUUUGUGAAAGAAGAUGAUCUUGAUAGUCUUAUGAAUGAAAUAUUUGAAGAGCCCAACUUUGACAAAAAACCUUUUAAAUUAAAAUCUAAAUCUUCAGGUAACACAUCUGUCAGAGCUCCCAUUCAAGGCCUUUGUAAAAGUUGCAGCCCGGUGUACUUUGGCGGAAGCACCACUCCAUGUGGAAUUGGAACAAAUACUUCACAGAGAGCAUGUGACCAUCUGCGUUGUACAGCGUGUGAUUUCCAGGUAGUAAGCUACGACGACUAUAUGUGGGACAAAUCGUGCGAUUAUCUGUUUUUCAGGAACAACAUGCCAGAAUUCCACAAAUUAAGAACUAAGUUGAUAAAGAAGAAAGGAACACGGGCAUAUGCCUGCCAGUGUAGCUGGAGAACUAUUGAAGAACUGACUGACCUUCAAACUGAUCAUCAGCUUCGUUGGGUUUGUGGUAAACAUUAAGAAUGCAGACUUUUCAUGUUUAAACAAAUGCAUCCAUGAGAGCAGUCUCCACUAUCCAUCAUAUUUAGGUAAAGGCACAUAGCAGUAUCAUGCCCUUUGGAAAAAGACAGGAAAUUUCAUUUAAUGACUAUACAGCAUAGAUUUUCAAAGACCAAAUGGACUUGAGAAGAUAAUGUGUCCAAUAAUUUUGGAAUUAUUUCUUUUUGAUAUAUGGGCAUUUUACUUAGUAAAUAAGGUAGCAGUUCAUCCAAAUAGUUUGCUAACCUAUCUCCUGUCAAAUGGAAGUUUAAUUAUGGCGUUUUAUACAAACAUAUAGCCAUUCACUAGCAACUGUAGUAUUAGUCACUGCUAAUACACUUAGCUAAAUAUUCCUCAUUUAUAAUAUUUAAAGGUGAUAAAGCUAGCCAGUAUAGAGAGGUUACUGAGGGGUAUAUACAUCAUCUCCUCCGGUCAAAUCUGUUAUUGCCAAAAAUCAUCAUUUAUACACGGCAGAAACCAUGUGAUCAGCGGCUAACUGAAGGAUUUUUUGGAGUACUGAUAUGCUAUAAAUGAAAACACUGCCUAUAUCUGACCUUACCUCAACAACUCACAGUGAUAUGCACAAUAAUCAUAAGUAUAUAUUACUAGUUUUAGCUUAUUUCUUCUCUAUUUGUUGAGUUAGAUAUCAAAAGUUACUUAGUUUGCUAUUUUAGCAAAUAAUCCAUUUAUAUGUAAAAAAAAUUUUUUGAUGCACCUAAAAUCACAAGGAAAAAUCCUAAUACAGGUAGAUCAUUAUUAGACUUUUUUCCAAGUACUUUCUAGCCUUCAGUGCCUAAAAUUCCAUCAAGAUAUUUUCUCAGCAGCCUGUUGACUUUUUGGUAGGAUCAGCUUAACAUAAUGCUUAUUACAGGAGUGCAUGAAAGAGAAAUAAAGCAUAGUUGAACCAAGAGGUAAUCUGUUGGGCUCCUCCUUUUACAUCACUGAUACUUGAGGAGCCCUACAAUAGCAGCCCAUUCAGGAAGUCAGUUACCUCAAAAUUACCAGGUCCCAGCACCAUCAAGAAAUUGUGGGGGCUUUCCAAUCUACCAUAAGCUCUUUACUGCAUGUGUCUAAGAUCUAGUUCAAAUAUAUGACACAAGGUAUGCUGAAAGAGAGUAAUUGAAACAAAGUUGUGAUUGCUUAGUCUUAAGCUGAAUACAUUCCAGUCACCCUAUUCAAGUAAGAAGAAAGAUCAGCCAUUAAAAUCCUUUUCCUAGCCAUGACACAUUUGCUUACCUGUAAAACUUACUCUAGUAAGUCUAGCAUUGCAACGGAACACAGUGAACUCACAGGGCAGAUGCUUACAUUUUUGUAUUGACAGUGUAUACAGACCUUAUCUCUGAGUAAAAAGUGUUUACUCCCUAAAAUUUUAUCUGUGUGUAAUUAUAUAAGAAACAGGGAGAUUUGACUAAGAAACCAUUAGUCAUAAUGAUGUUUUCUUUUUAUUCAAAUGUGCAAAUUAACUGAAUCAUUAAUUUGAAAGAAUUUUUUUCUCUUUUAUUAUUUCACAACUAUUCUAUAUCAUAGAUACAUUGCUCAUGUUUGGCAUGCCAUAACGUAAUUCCCCAAUAUCAGAAAUGUAUAUAUGAGUUCACAUUUUUGUUGGCAGUUGUACAAUUUUUAAUCUAAAUUGUAGAAAGAAUAUUAAUUAUGUUUAUAUACAAAUGGAUAAAUUAUCACCAGUUGUAAGUUAAGCCAAAAUGCAACUAGUUUAGUAACAGUGCAUAAGAAAAAUAUAGUUUCUGAUGAGUUAUAAUUUUAAAAUGCAAAGUCUAUAAAACCUUCAAGAUGUUCUGCCUAAUUUGUUUUUAAUAUUUCUAAUUUUCUACUUUAGUGAUUAUCUAUUUUUUGUCAAGCUAGGUCGCUACUUUUCUUGAUCUACUCUCAGAUCCUUAUCCUGUGUAGAAAUGAAUAAAUAAUAAACAACUCUA